GGCAGGGUCAUGUUUCAUAUCAGAUCAAGUCUAUAGAACUGUGUUAGAUAUCUGGUUUGCUCAUUCUGGGAAGUAGUUAGUUGAGCAGUCAAACUAUCUUUGAAGUUCUUUAUUUUCCCAGCUUUUAUCACAAUUCCCCUGAGAGUUCAGGUUACAGGGCACAGGGCCCACUUCUUUUUGAAAGCUAAAGCCCCAAGGGCCUUCAGUGUUUUUUUUUUUUUAAAGAUUCACCGCAGAGACCUCCCGAGUCCGUGAGCUCUGCUGUUGUCCUGUGUUUCAGGCUGCUACAGCUCCAUUGGAGAUCCCUUGAGAAACAUAUUGUAAACACAAAAGAACCAGGAAUAUGUCUAUUUGUAAGAAAUAAUUUGGUCGAAAGCUGAUCUAGUCACCUAACUAAAAUUAUAACUGGAUUAAACUUCUCUUCAUUGGUUUUACAGUACGUUCUGUUAGGUCAGUCCAAUCUGUGACGGGAAACAAUUAAAAGUCUCUUUUUUCCGUCAUUCUUGAUAUUGCUGUCCAGCAACUGUAAAGUCCAGAGUGCCAGUGUGUCUGUGUGUAGAGACUCCAUGGAUACAAGCAACAGAGGUCCCUUGUCCCCUCAUUUUAAAGGCUUCAGCUUUGAAAAGCAGAUGAAGAGGAGGAGUGUCAUUAAAGAGUCAUGUGUGAGUGUGAAUGUGUAUGUGUGUGUGUGUAUUUACCAUCUCUACAUUAUGUGGGCCAGUUCAGGCUGAGUCUUUGUCUCAAAGUGGAGACCACAACACUGAUUUAACAGCAUCUAUUCUUGCACUUGGUGCCCAGUUCAAACUUGAAACACCCUGGGCUCUUUGGUAUGAACAGAUGCUUUAAACUACUGGUAGGAGCAGUACUGGUGGAGCUUAGCUGCAGUUGGGACCAGAAAAUGUAUGUCACCAUCCUGUUUGGAGACAACAAGAUGGAAAUGUUGAAUCUCAACUGUAAGCUGAUAAACUUCAUCCAUCAUUUAAAGCAGAGGUGCGAUCUGGACUUCAAAGAGUGUGUGGACCUGAUGGACAGCAGCGGUAGAGUCAUGAACCUGGACGGGAAACAGCAAAGUUUGGCUCUGACCAGCAGUGUGUUGGUAGAGAGAGAGUACUACGUCCUCCUGCGAGUGUGCAGGGAUGAUGAUACUGGAGGUCAGAAAUAUGUGUCUCUUCUAAAUAACUUCAGCCAGAGUCAUCCGGAGUUAACAGAACUGCUGAGGAAACUUUCAGACCGUGACAAGGAGCGAGACAGAAGGAUCGGAGGAGGACGGACACAGAGGGGUCCUGCAAAACAAACCAGGAGCAAAAACAUCUCCGCAAAUAACAAGAGACACCAAAUCAUAUAGUUUCUGUAAAACAAAUCCUGAUGCCCUUUCACUUAAACAGACUAGAUAUGUCCUAUAGCUAACAACCUGUUAAAUGCAUCUGAGGUAAGGAAGUUAGCAGAUGUUUUCUGUUUUAGUAAUUUGUUCUCCCACUGAGUUGUAAGCAACUGAGUUGUAUACAGC